UCUCCUUUUCCCUCUCACUCUCUUCCUCCCACUCCCAACUCUUUCUUUACAUGUGCUCGGCAUCAAAGCCUGAGCUCCAGAAGUUUACAGCCUAAAGCUGAUGAUUCUGGUAGGGACGGAAAUUGGAUGUUCUGACAACACGGAACACAUGGAACUAACAUAUGCAUUAAAUAAAUAAGUGCUGUGUGCACGCUGCGGGGCGGGCUCCGAGAGAAAAGAGUCUAGAGUUGGAGGAGAGAAAGGGCUGAGCUUCCAAGUGCUUUCAAGGGAGGAAACUGAGCUUCCUAGAAACUCUGUGAAAAACCCACUUUACACGGAGGGAAACUGAGGCACAGGAGCCCGAGAUGAGCUCCCUUUCCUUCCACAACUCUGGAUACUUCCCUUUUUAGUUCAAGUCCCGUCGGGACAAGCUAAGGCCAAAGAGUAUGAGGCUAAACGAGAAGGUCUCCCGUUCAAGUUGGGCAGCCCGCCCUAAAACAGUCCACCCCUUGAGUCUAACCAAUUCAGCACUCCGCCCAGUACAACGACUCUCCCCUUUUAAAGAAGCGCUCCGAGCUCCCGGUUCCCUCCGCUCCCCCUCCCCUCCCACCCAGCGCCGCCGCCCCUGACGCACGUCAGCACCGCCCCCAAGGCAUCGCCCUUUUAAGAGUCCCUUUCGCUCCGCUUCGCUAACGGGUCGUCCAGAGAAGAAGAAGCCGGUAGAGCUGGCGGGACUUAGCGUCGCUCCUUAAAAGAAUCCACCUUUCCCGACCCGAGCUGCCGGACCACCGGCGUGGCCCUUUUAAGAAGCAAGCCCCUAGUGGCUCCCGCGCCCCCUCCCCCCCAUCCCGGAGGAGUCCGGCCCAGAAAGAAGUCGCGCGCGGACGCCGGAGACAGACUGGCGGACUGACGGACGGACUGGUGGUCAACCCGGAGCUGCGGCGGCGCGCGAAGCGCAGGGCACAGUCUGCCUGGUGGCCGAAGGGGCUGGCUGCGGGAGGCGGCAGCAGCGGAUGGGGACCUUGAGCCGGCCGGUGGCUACGGAGGCGGCGGCAGGAGCUGGAGGACUAACGGGACAGCGGCAGCGGCGGCGGCGCUGGCGGCGGUGACGAACUCAGGCCCCGGCAGCGGAGACGAGGUGGUGGGGGCUGGCGGCGGCCGGAGCAAGCAGCCCGAGGGGUCGUGAGGGCGCCAGGCCGCCCCCCAGUGCAGCCCAGCCUCACGCCUCCGAGUCUCCUCCAGCCCUCCGGGGCCCCCAGCAGCCGGGGCCGUGGAGCACCGGGGCAAAGGCCGGGGUCCCCCCAUGAAGGAACGAGACUCGGCCCCGGCCGAGCGGGGCAAGCCGGCCACCUACACCGGGGACAAGAAGGCGAAGAUGGCGGCCAAGACCAACAAGAAGUGGGUCCGGCUCGCCACCGUGUUCGCCUACGUGCUGUCCGUGUCCCUGGCCGCCAUCGUCCUCGCCGUCUACUAUAGCCUCAUCUGGCAGCCGGUGGGGGCCGGUACUUCUGGGGGUCCGGGCGGCCCGCCCCCCGGCCCCUCCAACUCCACGGUCACGGCACCGGCCGGAACCCCAGGGGGAGCGGCAGGGGGACCCAACGCCACGGCCUCACCGAGGACCGAGGCUCCUCAAGAUGCGCCCCCGCUGCAGAACUCUGGGACCACGGCCCGGCCGCCCGGCCAGUCCGGAAAGCCAAAGGAGGAAGCUCCAGCGGCGGCACCCGGGAGUCGCUGAAGCCGCUCUGGAUAGGGGGGGCGGCUGGGAAUCCGUCCCUGGCCUUCCCAACCCCAGGGGAGCAGGACUUUGCAGCCGCCGGUGCAGGGCAUGGAGAGUCGGCUGGGGGUGUGGACCCCCAGCCGUAGCAACCAGCCGCCCCCGGUCCCGAUUUGCUUCAGAGAGAGGGACCAAGAUUCGCCGCUGGCUUUCUGUUGCGUCCUCAGAGGACCGUGAUGCACUAGGGCCGGAGCCAGGAGGAUGGUUGGGGUGGGGGGUGGGGAGAUUCCCAGCCCCGAACCCUGUUGGGCUUUCUCCUGAGUAUCUUUAAGGGGAGGAGGGGUAUCCCGGGCUUUCCCAUCUCCCCUACCCCAGACUCAGGGGUUGGAGGGAGCUCUAAGGGGCUCAUUUUAUAAGCUGAAGCUCCCACGAAAGUGGGGAGCAUAAGUAGUGGAGCUCAGGUGUCAGCCUAGUUGCAAAUGGCCACAGAUGCAUUUAAUUUAUAAAUUCGUGUAUAUAGUUGUUGACAUAUGCACUUAGAAGCUAUAAUUACAUAGAAUUAUAUAUAUUCACCCACACCCUGAAUAGCUACUGAUUGGUGUGUCAAGCAAGGGCUAUCGUCCAGAAAAAUGCUGCCCCCCUACCCAGGUGCAGCUAUUCAGGAGGGCACAGUAUCUUUAGUCAUGAAAUUGCUUUAUUCAUCACCCCUCUCCUCCAUCCUCCUCCAGUUGAUUGAUUUGUGACAUCUUUAAACCAACAACACUUAUUGUUGGAUUAGUUUUUAGACUUGAUGUGACACUGAAAAAACCUCAGGAGGAGCGGAAGCAGUUUUUUGGGAGAAUGGGAAAUGGGAUGACACCCCCCACCCUCUCAAGAUGCUUCCUGUUGCAUCUCCAAUUAUCUGGACUGGAGCCAGGAUAUAAGGAAGGGAAAGAGCAAGGCCUCUCUCUGCUUUAUUCUUAACCUACCCAUCAUUGGGGUGGGUUGGGGAAAAGUGAGCAAAGAGUGCCUGGCAAAAAUUUUUCUGCCUUUUUGCUGCCCUUCAAGGCCUUGGCAUUACUCCAGUAAUCACACUCUUAUCAAGCAUAGACUUUCCUCCCUCUUGAUCCUGUAGUGAAAGCCUAACCCUCUCCUUGGGACUAAAUCUGUUCUGGUGAAAUAAGAGCCUUGUCACCAGUUCUCUGGUUUAGGAACUGUACCACGGAAUCACAAGGGUUGCGGAGGUGGGCUUCAAACUUGUAAUUGUGUUUAGGCACAAAUAGCUUUUGUUAGCCAGCAAACAGGAAAAAAAAAAAAUCAUGUGAAAGGUAAAUUGGUGUGUUUUUCUCUCUCCUGAUAAAGUCUCAUUUAUGCAGCAUAUAUUUUUUAUUGUGGGGUUAAGAAACAAAGGAAAAUGACAUGGCUUAGAAGGAGCAGGAGUCAUUCUUUCUAUCUGGAUUCCAUUUCCCUCUGCCAUUAGCAAUAGCUAAGCACUUGCAGUGCAGUGACAGGAGAGCAAACCCUUUAGUAUUUCCUUUUUGGGAAAAUAUGGCACUUUAAGAAAAAAGAAAAGCAAAAAAACAAAACAAAACAGAAAAAACCUUUUCCACUUGUGUGUCCUGAAAUGAUUCAUCUCUGCUGUUUUCUGGCCUAGUCUUUAGCCAGCUGCAAUUCAAGUUUACCAGACAGCAGCUAUGCUUUAAGCCAUUGUCCUGUGUGGGCCAAGAGAAUAGCACCAGAGCUGUAAUAGUCUAGGAACAGGCCAGUAGCACUCUGAAGAGUAUUGGCUAGAGAAAAACUUCUUAACUGCUGGCUAUGGUCAUUAGGAAGUCUAUGGGGCCUUUUUUUCCCCAGUAGGGAGAAUGGUGGGGGAAAAAAACAUGAAAUAAUCACCUUUAUUACUUCAAUAAUAGUCUGCAAUUUAUAUUUACUGUGUGACUUUUUAGUCCUACAUUUUAAUAAUUUGUAAGUUUAUUUGUUGUCUCAAGACCUUUUGAACAAGAGACCAUCUGGGAUUCCCCAGCAUUUCAGGACUGUCUUAAUUCACCUUGGGAUCAAAGAAUCUAGCAAGACCAUUUUAAUGUCCAACUGCUGCCCCACUAUCUCUCUAAAGCCUUCACUGGAAAUGGGACAUUAGCUCCAGCUCUAGGUGUGAACAUGCUCAGAGACCUUAUUUAUAAUUCAGCCAUUUAAGAUAAACCUGUACUCAAAAGUCCUGUAUAUUUUUUAAAAAGUUUUAUUUUUCAGGUGAACAAAAAUACAUUCUAAGAACUCUGCCUAAA